GUACAACAAAUCGGCAAAGGAGCCUUUGGCAAAGUUUAUGCAGCCACUGACCCGGAAAGAGAAGUGAAGGUCGCUUUGAAGGUAUGCUCAAGAUUUAGACCGAAUUUCCCUUAAAAUUCCUUUAACACCAACCUUAAUUUGUGUAUUUAGGUAGUAGAAAUAGGCACCAAAAUUUCCAAAGCUGAGAAAGUAUUGAAAAAUGAAAUAAAGAUGCUUCAAAAACUUUCUCAUCCUUCUAUCAUCAAGUAUCUUGGCGAGAACUCUCGAGCUAACCUGGUUAAAUGCAGCAGCUACGAUGAUGACAGCUGUAGCGAAUUCGAAGAGAAGCCUGAUUCUUUACUUCUCUGACCAUUGGAAUUAUGUGAAGGAGGCUCUCUCCAAGAAUAUAUUAAUAAAACUUCCGAAGUCUCUGAAGCCAGUACAGAAGGCACUGGAAGAUCUAUCCCUGAUGAAGACGCCAGUGGGAUCAUGAAGAGUAUCCUAGAAGCUGUCAAAUAUCUGCAUGAUUUAGAAAUAGUCCACCGUGAUCUCAAGCCUGAAAACAUUAUGUUCAAAGCAAAAAAUUCUCAGGAUAAAGAAAUCAGACUUAUCGACUUUGGACUUUCCACUCAUCAUGAAGAAACUUACUUUGAGACUCCUCUUGAAGUCCACUGUGGAACGAUGCCUUACAUGGCUCCAGAGAUGAUCAACAAGCAAGGUUAUAGCAAGAGUGUGGACAUCUGGGCACUCGGUAUCAUAAUGUACAACCUGAUUUCUGGUGGAAAGCAUCCUCUGCAUCAAAAAGGUGAAACUACCACUGAGUACAAGGAGAAGCUCAAAAGCAAACAAAAACUGACAUUUGAUGCCUCUUUCUCCGAUCUUGCAAAGGACCUUAUCAAAAAGAUGUGUGCUUACUCUCCUGUCUACAGGUAUAACAUUGAGCAAGCUCUUAAGCAUCCCUGGAUCACCAGAUCCCAAGAGACGAAGCCACCUCUUACAUAUCUUGAGAUAAUUAAAUAUGGUGACUGCCAGGAACGACUCAAAAACGCAAUAAUGAACUGCUUCUCCUUGUCAGUAAUCCAGCACAGAAUUCUGAGCGAUCAGGAGCCAUCCAAAUCUCCAUUCAAAAACAAGGUUAUAAAGAGCCAGCUGAAAUUAGGUUCCAAACAAAGCAAAGGCAGUAUGGAAGAUUAUAAAGAACUUAUCAAUAAAUUCUCUAACAAAAUUGAGAAAUGGCAUAAGUCCCUUAUCGAGAAACAGCAAGGCAAGUUCAACAGAGAUGAAGACUUCAUUGAUCUACAACCCUCUCCAACUAAAUUUCAAUCAGAUUUAUCAUCGAGUUCGGGUAAUUUCUCGAUUUCUAAAGAUUCGACGAACGCUAGGUCUCCCAAAACAGGAGGUUUUGGUGCAUCUAUGAUGGGCAACUCGAAGAGAAAUAUUCGGAUCUCGAACAAGAAGAGCAAGAAUGCCCUCAAGGGGAGGUUUAAGAGAAGCCCCACUUAUUUCACUGUAUCCAAAUGUCAGUCACCUGAUAUCAAAAGUCGGAAAUCUUUUAAAAAAUUCUUGAAAAGAAGCCCAGAUGAGAAGCAUUCUUUCCGUCUUAACAAGAAGCAGCUGGCUCAGUGAUUUGAUAGUGACUUCUUCAUUAAGCUAAAACCUACAGAGAAGGAAGGUCUCAGCUCAACUGAGACUCAGGAUGAGGAUCUAACUCCGAUCUUGAUCAAGAAGAAUAACGUAAUUCAAGCACAAGAGCCUGAAGCACCUAUUAGCAAAUCUAAGAAGAAUAACUAUAUGAAGCAAAAAGUUGUGUUUCAGAAUCAUUUUAAUUCAAAAUAUGGUAACGAUGAAGAAUUAAGUCCUGAUUUUGCUCACAAGAGCCUCUCUGCGAAUAGAAGCAGAGGCCUCUCGAGUAACGUACCUCACCAAGAACACCUGAAUUCCCAUGUAAAAAUGAAACGAUUGGAUUCUUUUCGAGCUGAAGAACAAAGAUCUCAUCUUCGUCCAGCUCGAAGAACAAUGGUGUGAGGGAAAUCUGAAAAUAAAAACGGAAAUUUCUGAGUUCCUAUUGGGAAUUUUUCAGACGUGGAACAAGAUAGCGGAAUGAAUUUGCCAGAGAUUACAAAAACACGGUCAAACUACUCCCUAAAUUCCUCUUCGAUCGACAAGAUCAGGGUCAACUCCCAUAGGAAGCGUCGUUCGAAGGUAACCAUGGAGGUAGACCAGCCGUACUUUGAAAAACCCUUAAAGAAGCAAAUGCUAAACAGGAAGUCUCUAAACAAAAAGUUGGAUUUCCGCAAUGAAAAUGUGAGUUUCAUCAUUAGAGAUCCAGAAGGAUUCCCUGACUGCCAAGACCCGAAUUAUUCGACCGUGAGUAACUCAUUGAUACGAAAAAACACCAGAAAUUAUUCAAAUGCCAGAAGAAGACCUGAAAGAAGUAACAGGAGGAUGCCCUCUAAAUACUCUUCAGGCUCAAUAGCGCCUUUCUUAGCUAAGAACAAUAUGAGCAUCACUCUUGUAAAGAGGAGGACUACUGGAAACCAGCUGUAAAGCAGGCCUUUAAUUCGUCUUGGUUAUAUGAUGAGAUUACGUAUAUCGUCUAAGUAGAACUAUACAAUCAGGACUGUCUUCAUUUACAUAACAAUCUGAACCUC